AUGCCAUCUCCAGCCACAAUAAAAGAUGUUCAAAAAUUAAAUGGGCAGUUAUCCGCAUUGGGAAGAUUCAUCUCAAGAUUCUCGGACAAAUGCAAGCAUUUCUUUGAUAUCUUGAAGAAAGGAGCAAAGUUUGUCUGGACUCAAGAAUGUGAGGAAGCUCUAAAGGGUAUCAAGGAGUACCUCAUAAAAUUAUCAAUUCUGCAGAAGCCAGAACCUGGAGAGGAGUUAGUCAUCUGUCUCGCACUAACACAAAAUGCUCUUAGCAUAGUUUUACUCCGCCCAGAUGAAGGGGUCGAAAAACAUAUAUUCUAUGUCAGCAAAACCUUCAAUUCUGUUGAGAGAAAUUACCCAAAGAUUGAAAAAAUGAUAUUGGCAUUGGUGUACGCGUCACAGAAGCUAAGAAUUUAUUUCCAAUCCCACAAGAUUAAAGUCCUGACGAGGAUUCCGAUAGAGUCUGUUCUGAAGAAUUCAAAAAGGAUGGGAAGAGUCGAGAGAUGGAAUACGCAGAUUGAUCUCUUUGGAUUGAAAUAUGAGGUGCAAACUUCGACGAAGUCGCAUAUUGUUGCAGAGUUCCUCGCGGAAUUCCCCUCAAAAGAGGACGAAGGAGUAGAAGAAAUAAUGGAUAUUGAUGAAAGCCGACCAGACCCUAAAGACUUAUUGCAAGAGUUUAAUCCAAGAAGAUUGGAGAUCUUUGUAGACGGAUUCUCGAAUACUUGUGGAGGGGGCCUAGGAAUAGUAUUCACUUCGCCCACGGGGAUCAGGUUGGUAUUCUGUUUUCGGCUAAAGUACAAAGCAACAAACAACGAAACUGAGUAUGAAGCGGUAACACAAGCUUUGAGGAUUGCAAUAGAAAUGAAAUUGAGCGAAGUGAGAAUUACCAGCGACUCUCAAUUGGUAGUUCGCGAGAUUGAAGGAAGAUACAAUGCGGUUGAUCCCGUGAUGCAAAGGUACUUGAAAUUGGUAAAAGAAUACUCCGCGAAGAUACAAAAAAUCAUCUGGAGGAACAUAGGCAGGGACAAUAACAGGCAUGCAGAUGCCCUUGCCUUCAUAACGUCUAUGAUUGAGGAUCCAAAGAUAGACCAUAUCCGGAUUGAGCGAUUGAUGCAACCGUCUGUGAGCAGGGAAGAAAGAGAGCCUAAGGUGAUGACCAUAGAGGAAGAAAGCACCGAAAUGAGCGAAGAUGACUGGCGCACACCUAUCUAUAAUUAUCUUAUGAAAGGAGACCUUCCGCGAGACAUACAAGAGGCAAAUAAAAUUAGAAGCAGAUGCACACAUUAUGAGGUGCGAGAAGGAAUCCUAUACAUAAGGUCGUAUCUAGGCCCAUUAAUGAGAUGCUUGUCACAAAAGGAAGGAAUAGAAAUUAUGAAGUCCAUCCAUUAUGGAGACGCCGAGAAUCACAGCGGGACUAGAUCCCUAGCUCUAAAAACCAGAACACAAGGAUAUUUUUGGACAUAUAUGCACAGAGACGCGAAAGACAUUUCCACGAGAUGUGAAGCAUGCCAAAGAUAUGGGAGAAGAGUGCACGCACCGUCCACGAGCUUAAACUCAGUAUUGAGUGUUUGGCCCUUCGCAAUGUGGGGGAUAGACAUCGUGGGACCAUUUGUGGUAGGAACCAAGCAAAGGAGAUAUAUAAUAGGAGCCACAGAUUAUUUCACGAAGUGGGUUGAAGCCAAAGUUUUGCAGCACACACGAGAUGGUGAUGUAUACGACUUCAUCCUUGAGCGCACCAUAUGCAGAUUCGGGAUACCCAUGUUGAUAGUUUCAGAUAAUGGCAAGCAGUUCGAAGGAGAAAAUGUGAGAAUUUUAUUCAAUGCCUUCAAAAUUCAAAGUGGAAAAUCAACUCCACUGUACCCUCAGAGCAAUGGGCAGGCAGAGGCCACGAACAAGACGAUAGCAUGCACACUAAAGAAGAAAUUGGAGGGACACCACAAAGGAUGA